AUGAAACUUCUAUCAACAACAUUAUUAUUAUAUUUUUUUUCCACAUCUUUGGUAUUAUCAUAUACAACAUCAAAUAUAAUUCAAGCAAAUGAUAAUAAUUUACAAUCAUUGAUAAAAACACCUGGGAAAUUUUCAUUUGUUGAUUUUUAUGCUGAUUGGUGUCGUCAUUGUAAAAAAAUUUCUCCCAUUAUAGAUGAAUUAAGUGAAUUAUUUAUUGAUUAUCCUGAAAUACAAAUAAUUAAAAUUAAUGGUGAUAAAGAUGGGAAAAAAAUGAGUAAAAAAUAUGUUGAUAUUGGAUAUCCAACAUUAUUAUUUUUUUAUGAUGAUGGUGAAAAAAAAAUUGAAUUUGAUGGAAUUAGAGAUUUGAAUAGUUUAAGUAAUUUUAUUCAACAAUUGAGUGGGAUUAGAUUAAAAAAUGAGUCAGAAAAAGGGGCUGUUAACAAUAUUGAGGAGAAAGAAAGUAGUAGUAAUGUAAAUGGUGUAGUUGAACAGACUAAUAACAAAUUGAUUGAAUUGACACCAGAUAAUUUUGAUGAAAAAAUAUCACAAUCACCAAUAUCUAUUGUAUCAUUUGGAGCAUCAUGGUGUAAAUAUUGUCAAGAAUUAGAUCCAGCAUUAGAUAAAUUAGCUAAUGAAGUUUAUAUUCGUGAUAUUGAUGAUAAUAAAAUUAUGAUUGGUCAUUUAAUUAUUGAUCAAUAUAAAGAUAAUUCAAUUGAUGAACGUUAUAAUAUUCAAGAUUUACCAACGGUGUUAUUUUUCAGACGAAAUGGUAAUGGUGAUGAUGAUUUACAAACACCAUUAGUUUAUAAAGGGAAAAAAAAUUUCUAUAAUCUUUUGAAUGAUAUUAAUAAAUUCACAGGAUUAAAUAGGGAUUCUCAAGGAAAUUUAAAUAAUGAUGCUGGAAUUAUUAAAGAAAUUAGUCAAUUAAUUAAAAAUUUUAAUAGUGAUGACCAUGACCAUAAUGAUGAUGGUGAUGAAUUGGAAAUAUAUGAUCAAUUGGAAAAAUUUAAAACUACUACUACUAGUGGUGGUGGUAGUGGUAGUGGUAGUGGUAGUAGUGGUGGUGAUGAUGUUGAAUAUUAUGAAAAAUUAAUUAAUGCUAAAGAAUAUAUCCCAAUCGAAUUAUCAAGAAUUAAUAAUAUUUUACAAAAUGAUAUUGAUAAAUUAAAUGGAAUCACUAUAGAUUCUUUAACUAAAAGAGCAAACAUUCUUAAACUGUUAUUAUAG